AUGAAACUAACCAAACUUGUAGCUCUGGCAGGAGCCGCUCUGGCUUCGCCUAUCCAGCUGGUCCCUCGAGAAGGCUCUUUCCUGGGAUUCAACUACGGCAGCGAAAAGGUGCACGGCGUCAACCUUGGCGGCUGGUUUGUGCUGGAGCCCUUCAUCACGCCCUCUCUGUUCGAAGCGUUUGGCAACAACGACGCCAACGUGCCCGUCGACGAGUACCACUAUACCGCCUGGCUGGGCAAGGAGGAGGCCGAAAAGCGACUGACGGACCACUGGAACACGUGGAUCACCGAGUACGACAUCAAGGCCAUUGCCGAAAACUACAAGCUCAACCUGGUGCGAAUACCCAUUGGCUACUGGGCCUUUUCGCUUCUCCCAAACGACCCCUACGUCCAGGGCCAGGAGGCAUACCUCGACCGAGCCCUGGGCUGGUGUAGAAAGUACGGAGUCAAGGCGUGGGUCGAUGUCCAUGGAGUCCCCGGCUCCCAGAACGGCUUCGACAACUCCGGACUGCGAGACCACUGGGACUGGCCCAACGCAGACAAUGUGCAGCAUUCCAUCAACGUGAUCAACUACAUUGCUGGCAAGUACGGCGCUCCCGAGUACAACGACAUUGUGGUGGGUAUCGAGCUGGUCAACGAGCCUCUGGGCCCCGCCAUUGGCAUGGAGGUGAUUGAGAAGUACUUCCAGGAGGGCUUCUGGACCGUGCGACACGCGGGCUCCGACACUGCCGUGGUCAUCCACGACGCCUUUCAGGAGAAGAACUACUUCAACAACUUUAUGACCACCGAGCAGGGUUUCUGGAACGUGGUUCUGGACCAUCACCAGUACCAGGUCUUUUCUCCCGGCGAGCUGGCCCGGAACAUUGACCAGCACAUUGCCGAGGUGUGCAACGUGGGUCGACAGGCUUCCACAGAAUACCACUGGCGAAUCUUUGGCGAGUGGUCCGCUGCUCUGACCGAUUGUACCCAUUGGCUCAACGGUGUGGGCAAGGGCCCUCGUCUGGACGGCUCCUUCCCCGGCUCGUACUACCAGCGAUCGUGCCAGGGUCGAGGCGACAUUCAGACGUGGUCCGAGCAGGACAAGCAGGAGUCUCGACGGUACGUGGAGGCCCAGCUCGAUGCGUGGGAGCAUGGAGGUGAUGGCUGGAUCUACUGGACUUACAAGACGGAGAACGCCCUUGAGUGGGACUUCCGACGGCUCGUGGACAAUGGCAUUUUCCCCUUCCCAUACUGGGACCGACAGUUCCCCAACCAGUGUGGUUUUUAA